UACAGCGUGUUUGUGUCGGCAGAAUAUAGUUCACAGCCCUAGAUAUUUUCUCUCAUUUUCCCGAGAAAAAUCCAUUUUGAACGCUCAAUUGUAGUGAUUUUUCCGGCAAAGAUGAUGAAGGGGAGAUCGGAUUAUAGUGGGUGCAUGAGCGAGGGCUCGGCGACGACGACGUCGUCUACGUCUAAAGAUGAAGAGAUUGAGUGGGAGAUGAGGCCCGGAGGAAUGUUGGUGCAGAAGCGAACCGAGAAAUCGGAUUCUUUGGCUCCGAAUUUGUUGAUUCGCGUUGCCUAUGGUGCUCUUCGGUACGAGAUCUCCGUCAAUUCUCAGGCGACUUUUGGAGAGUUGAAGAAGCUUCUGACGGCGGAGACUGGGUUACAGCCGGGUGAACAGAGGUUAAUAUUCCGAGGAAAGGAGAGAGAAAAUGGGGAAUAUUUGGACAUGUGCGGCGUCAAAGGUCGAUCAAAAGUCAUACUAAUGGAGGAUCCAUCGAGCAGAGAGAGGAGAGCCAUCGAGAUGCGCAGGAACGCCAAGAUCCAGACCGCACAUCGCGCCAUUUCGAACGUGUCCAUGGAGGUUGAUAAGUUAGCGGAGCAGGUUUCUGCAAUUGAGAAGUCAAUUUCGAAUGGGACUAAGGUACCAGAGGUUCAGAUCACUACAUUGAUUGAGAUGCUCAUGAGACAGGCUAUCAAACUGGAUGGCAUUGCUGCAGAAGGAGAUGCGUCUGCUCAGAAAAAUUUGCAGGGUAAGAGAGUGCAGAAGUGUGUGGAAACGCUAGAUGUGCUGAAGAUAUCAAACGGGAAAGUGAAGCCUGUGAUUGUCACAACCAAGUGGGAGACCUUUGACCCUCCUCCAACCACAGCUCAUUGGGAAUUUUUUGAUUGAUCUUUGAUUAUUUUCCAUUUUUGUUCAUUCAUCAUUUUUAUGUAUUUAGCUCGAGAGAUGCAUGAGCGAGCAACUCUACUUGUACUUAUGGCCCUUCCUUCCCAUGAACUUGCCAAUAAGCAUCGGUUAAUUAGAUAAUUGCAGUUUUGUUGAACACUGGUGUAUAUCUAUAUAUAUAUGGCUAUUUCUAUCAGAAA